UUGACAGACGACGUUUCUUCGCGACUGUAUUGUAUGAUAAUGUCAGUCAGAUGGUGUUUUGUGUAUAAUUUUUAUUAUUACAGACAAUAUUUUGAUGAUUGAUUCGAUUUACGUGGUUUCGUAUUAGAAAGACAUCUUGUCUUGUUAUUUGACUCUAGCUUCUGUAAAAUCUGUUAGUAAAGCCUUGUUAAACCUAAAUACCAUAUUUCUUACGUUUGUCGGAAACUCAUUUAAGUCUAUUACAAUACAAUAUUGUUUCUACCUUGAUUGUCGUAUUCAAACUUAAUAAAGUGGCUACCAUCAUGUUUGCAAUGGGCCCUGAGUUUUUUAAUUUUAUCAAAAAGUUGGAGGAAAACGGCGACAAGCUGACUUCAAGUACACCAUUCGAACAACCUCUGGAUUUUGAAUUUAAUAACUCCACAUGUCAUGUGUGUAAUGGGUAUUACGGUCCCAGCUUUGGGGAACCUGUUUGUGUGACUUGUCAUGCAUUUCUGUUCCCCGAUUUCCCAUCAUACUUGCCAUCUUCAUAUUUCUACAGUGAGAAGACUGAUGACGGAGACUCUGGCAAUGAUGAGCCAUCAGACCUUAACUAUAGCUCUGAAAGGAAAUUGAAUAGAGCAUGUGCUCUGCCCCCUUGGUGGUAUUAUAGAAAUUCACUAGAUAGUGAAACAAGCCCGGAGGACGAAGCAAGUAGAGCUAGCAACUCUGGUGCAGGCGCAAGCAGUAGUGGUAAUGGUGGUUCAGCCAGUGCUAAUGGAGGCCCCAGCCGCUCAGACAGCCAGGGCCCAGGCCGGCCGGAGGGCCGCGCCGAUGGUGCCAGGUCUGCUGACGGCGGGGCGAGUCGAGACGACCCGGCCGGGCUGGGUCCUCCGCCGCACCCGCCCUGCCUCGCACGUUCCUUGCAGGCACUUUCCACACCCCGACCUCCUGAUAAUCUUGCGCCGGGUCUUGUGGAGCAGAUGCCUUCUGAAGUGCUGCUGUCCAUCUUCAGCUACCUGGACGACCUGUCGCUGAGCGCGUGCGCGUGCGUGUGCGCGCGCUGGUGGCGGCUGGUGCGCGCGCGCGUGUCGCCGCCGCGCUGGGCCGCCUUCACCGCGAGGCGCUUCCCGCUCUACAGGCCGCUGCUGGCCAACAUCGACUGGCAUAAGAAAUAUCAGUCGCUGGUAGAGUCGUGUUUCUGCCGCAACUGUCUCGUGCAGAUGUGUGUGCAGGCGCAGCCCGCCGGCGAGGAGAACGCCUGGCGCAGGAACCGACUGCGCAUCGAACUCAAGAUGUUACGCAACGACCCGCCAGAGGGCAUCGCGGCGACCCCGCUGGACCCGAAGUGUUGCCACUGGCAGGCCAGCGUCACCGGGCCGGUGGGCUCGCCCUACGAGGGCGGCGUGUUCUAUCUCUACAUACAGGUGCCUUACGCCUACCCCAUGAGUCCGCCGGUAGUCCGCUUCCUGACGCGCAUCCUGCACCCGAACAUCUCCCGUCACGGCGACGUCGGCAUCGACUCCGUGCAUCACAACUGGUCGCUGGCGCUCACCAUCAGCAAGGUGCUCAUCUCCAUACAGAGCCUGCUCACCGACCCUUAUACUGCUGUGUGUAUGGAGCCUGAGUUAGGCGACAUGUACGUCCGCGAUCGCGCCCGCUUCGAGAUGCUCGCUAGGAACUGGACGUGGCGUUACGCCAUGCACGACAUACUACCCUACUGACAUAAGUGGACAGUGACAGUGACUAAGUAUACAGUGAGUUCGGAUCUACGUUGAAACUCUCAUAGCGGACAAGAGUUGUUACUGUGGAGAAAUUAACGUAUAGGUGAGAUUGGAGUGAAGGAACAAUCGCAUGAACGAAGUACGCAUACGCUAAGUGAACUGUGCCCAGUGCAGUAAUUCGUCACGAUUGGUUUUGAAAGGUAACGAUAGACUGGCAUGUCAAAGUAUUUUUCACCCAUUAUUAAGUGGAGCCCUACGUCCAGCAGUAGACUGCGAUGGGCUGAGUUAACUACAUAUUAAUUGUUUGAUGUAAACUUCACAAUGAACAGAAAGUGAUACGACAUUAUGGUAGCACUUAUAACAAUUUGUCAUUAGUCGACGUGGUCGACCGACUACGCUAAUUUCGCUCUUUAUUUGGAAAAUUAAGAGAGCUUAUUUAAGCAAGUGUGGUAUGGAAUAUCUUAUGUGAUCAAGACGUAGUCUACCUGUAUGCCAAAAUUUCAUUAAAAGUAUAUUGUCUAUGUACCUAUACGUAGGUCGUAGGUAUGAUGAUGUGACUUAUGUAUUCAAAUAUAGAAUAUAAUAAGUUUUGCGUAAUUGGUUAGUAAAUAUAUUUUAAUCAUACAUUGAAUAGCAGGUACCAAUAAUGGGAUAAUAUGUCCUGUAUGAAAAGUAGUUAUGUGAGCCCAAAAUAGUUCAUAAAGGUUUGAAUGAACUUACCUCUGAAUGAUUUUUUUCACUGUGUUAUUUUUACUUAAUUGAAAAUAUUAUCAGCUUCGCAGCGCUCAUUGCGUUUUAUACAAUAAAAUGUUUCAUGUAUUUUGCUAUUUUCAGCAAAUCUUUGUAAACCUUAGCCUUAACGGUUUGCGAUAAAACCUGGUAUAUUUUUAAUAAUGUAACCUUUUAAAGGAUUAUUCAACAGUUUUGUAUAUUUAUAAACUACGUAAUUUUAAACAACGCACGAUAUCGUAUGACAAAUAAAAACGCACGCAAAUGUAUAGAAUGGCUGUGUUUGAUGUAAUAAUUAUGUAUUGAAAUUAAUAAACAAUAAAUUGUACUGAACGAUUA